AUGCCGGCAAGGAGCAAAAGCCGGGGGCGAGCUCGAAGUGCCCGGGGCAGGUCGCGGUCACGGGCAAGGGGCAAAUCGGCCAAGUCUGAAGGUGAUGCUGGAUCACCGCCCAAGCUCCGCCGGAGCAAGACUGUGGAGCAGACGUACCAGAAGAAAACUCAGGUCGAGCACAUCCUCCUACGUCCCGAUACCUAUGUCGGGUCUGUGGAGCACCAGGAUGAAAGUCUGUGGGUGUGGAAUGAGAAGAAGGGCGAGAUGGAGUACCGGGACAUCAGCUAUGUUCCAGCACUGUACAAGAUCUUUGAUGAGAUUCUCGUUAACGCCGCGGACAACUUGCAAAGAGAUCCAAAGAUGAAGGCGAUCAAGGUUGACAUAGACAAAGCCAAAGGCAAAGUAAAGGUCUGGAAUGAUGGCAAAGGAAUUCCCAUUCAAUUGCACAAGAAGUACAAGGUGUUCGUUCCAGAGCUGGUGUUUGGCCAUUUGCUGACAAGCGACAACUACGACGACUCCGAGCGAAAGGUCACUGGAGGUCGAAACGGCUACGGUGCGAAGCUGACGAACGUGUUCAGCAAGAAAUUUGUCAUUGAGACCACUGGUGGAGGCAAAAAGUACAAGCAGGAGUGGGCAAACAACAUGAGCAAGAAGGGCAAGCCACACAUCUCAAAGGGAACAUCAGGCUCCUCUUAUACAUGCGUUGAGUUUUGGCCAGAUCUUGCCAAAUUCGGCAUGAAGGAGUUUGAGGCAGAUACGAUUGCUCUCAUGAUGCGACGAGUGUAUGACAUUGGAGGAACAAGCGGGGAUCGCUGCUGUGUGUACUUGAAUGGCCGAAAGCUGGAAGCCAAGAACUUUCCGGACUACUGCAGCUACUUCCAUAGCGGAGAGGGCUACGCCUUUGCGCAAGUGAACAAGCGCUGGCAGGUGCUCGUAGCAAGAUCUGACGGCGAUGGCUUCCAGCAGAACUCCUUUGUGAAUGCCAUCAGCACCCCAAAAGGAGGGACGCAUGUCAAUUACAUUCUGGAUCAGCUGGUCGAUGCCAUUUCUAGCAAGGCAAGCAAACAGGCGGGCAAGGGAACGGAAAUCAAGCGCGUGCACGUGAAGAGCCAUUUGUGGCUUUUCGUGAAUUGCUUGAUUGAAAAUCCAGCGUUCAGCUCCCAGACCAAAGAGCAGAUGACGUUGAAGGCAUCUCAGUUUGGCAGUUCAUGCAGCUUGCCUCGCUCCUUUAUAGACGAGGUGCUCAACAACACUGGCAUUGUGGACGCAGUCAUUGCAGAGGCACAAUCCAAGCUCACUCUGAUGAUGGACAAAAACGUCUCGAAGGCCAAUCAUGGCAAGCGAGUGUUGGGUAUUCCAAAGCUGGAAGAUGCAAACGAAGCAGGAGGGAAGUUGUCCAAGGAGUGCACCUUGAUUCUCACAGAAGGUGACAGCGCCAAGGCGCUGGCGGUGGCCGGUUUGGCAGUCCUCGGUCGAGACAAAUACGGGGUCUUUCCGCUUCGAGGGAAGUUGCUGAACGUGAGGGAAAUCAAUCAGAAGUCGUUGGCCGAGAAUAAAGAGGCCAUGAACAUUGUGAAGAUCCUGGGCCUGUCCUUUGACAAGAAGCGAGCGCAGGAUUUGCGCUACGGCAAGGUGAUGAUUAUGGCCGAUCAGGACUAUGAUGGGUCUCACAUUAAGGGACUUCUGAUCAACUUCUUCCACUACUUUUGGCCGGACCUGCUCAGAGACAACAAAUGUUUUCUGCAGCAGUUCAUCACACCAAUUGUCAAAGCAACCAAAGACGGGCAAGUGAAGCAAUUUUUCACGAUGGUUGAGUACGAGAAGUGGAAGCAGAAGUCCAAGGAUGGCGCAGGGUGGAAAAUCAAGUACUACAAAGGUCUUGGUACAAGCACAGCCGCUGAAGCCAAAGAGUACUUCAGCAAGAUUCAAGAGCAUCGAAUUGACUUCAAGUGGAAGGGAACAGGUGACAACAAGCUGAUUGACAUGGCCUUCAACAAGGGGCGUGCUGAUGAUCGCAAAAUCUGGAUGAACAAGUACCAGGAGGGAAGCUUUGUGGAUCACUCCAAGAGAGCUGUGACCUACGAGGAGUUUGUGAACAAAGAGUUGGUACAAUUCUCCCGCUACGACUUGAUGCGAAGUGUGCCAUCGGUCAUGGAUGGUCUGAAGCCGACUCAGCGCAAGGUCCUCUACUGUUGCUUCAAGCGCAACUUGCGGUCUGACGUGAAGGUUGCGCAGCUUGUUGGAUAUGUAGGCGAGCACAGUGCCUACCACCACGGAGAGGCCUCACUGUCCGGCACCAUUGUAUCCAUGGCACAGGACUUCGUGGGGUCCAACAACCUCAACUUGCUAGUGCCUUCAGGGCAGUUUGGAACCCGAGCCCAGGGUGGCAAGGACGCUGCGAGUUCUAGGUACAUCUACACGAGGCUGGCACCCAUCACUCGGCUGUUGUUCAAUCCUUUGGAUGACCCCGUGCUGGAGUACCAGGUGGAGGAGGGGCAAAGGAUUGAGCCAUACUGGUACGUGCCUGUCAUCCCCAUGAUCUUGGUGAACGGUUCUGAGGGCAUAGGCACCGGCUGGAGCACGUCUGUGCCAAACUACAAUCCCUUGGAUAUCAUCGCGAACAUGCGCGCGUUCAUCAAGAAGAAGCCGAUGAAGCACAUGCAACCCUGGUAUCGAGGCUUCACAGGGACCAUCAAGCCAUCAGGAGAAAAGGGCAAGUAUGACUGCCUGGGCGCAUUGUCGAAGACAAGUACAACUAUCUUGCAGAUAACAGAGCUGCCUCUGAAAAAAUGGACGCAGGAUUACAAAGAGUUCUUGCAAGCCAACAUGCCUGGCGGCGACACAAAGAAGACCAAGUUGAACAUCUAUGAUGUCAGGGAGUACCACUCGGAGCGCCACGUCCACUUUGUCGUCCGCAUGGAUGGCAACAAGCUGAAAGAGGCAGAACAAAAGGAGGGCAUCGAGGCGGCGAUGCGCCUCAAGUCCAGCAUCAACGAGACCAACAUGGUGCUCUUUGAUCACCAGGGCAAGAUCACAAAAUACAAGAGCGCCAAGGAGAUAAUGCAGGAGUUUGCAAAAGUGAGGCUAAAAAUGUAUGACAUGCGCAAAAAGUACCUCAUCCAGAAGCUUACGCUGGAGAAGGACCUUCUCGGAAAUCGGGCACGCUUCAUUGCCAUGAUCAUCGCCAAGAAACUCCAUGUGAACAACCGGAAGAAGGCCGACAUCGUGAAAGAUCUCUCUAGACUCAAGUUCCGCAAGUUUGGAGACACAACUCCACCCAGGACUGGCUAUGAGUAUUUGCUGGGACUGCAGAUCUUGACCUUGACACUGGAGCGCAAGCUUGAGCUUGAGACGCUGGGACAAAGCCUAGAAGCGGCCCGACCUAGCUAUCAACUUACCUCUGCAGACUGGUUUUCAUUCGCUGUGUUCCAGUCUCGUGAGGCUGGCUUCCUUUGA